AUGCUCGUCUUCUUGAAAACCAUUUUAAACCUUCUGGUCCGGCUUAUAACCUGGCUGGUCAGGCUCCUCCUCUUUCUCCUGGCAGCCUUACUACUGCAGCUUGUCGACUUGCUCUAUGCUUUUGUGAACCUCUUCCUCUCCUCUCGUCUUCCUGGCAAUGUCAUAUCCCCUGGGCAUCCGGGUCACUCGGGCAUCUGGCCUGAAUAUAUCGCUCCGACCAAGGAGGACUCUCGAUCGCCGUGUCCUGGUUUGAAUAGCCUCGCCAACCACGGAAUCCUCCCUCGAAACGGCCGCAACAUCGACUACAAACACAUAAUCCAUGCUAUCCAGCAUGCAUACAACCUCUCACCGACUCUCGCCAAACAACUCACCGCUGCUGCCGUACAACUGGAUCAAGGACGGGGUUGGAUCAAUCUGCAUGAUCUAAAUGCUUUGAAUGUUGUCCAACACGAUGCUUCAUUUACCCGUCCUGAUAUCGCCUUUUGCCCUGAUCAGAGCUAUCCACAUGCGGAUCUAGUCGAUAGAUUCCUUGCCCACGCGUCGAAUGACAAAUCUCUCUCUUGCAAGGACAUUUCGUAUUACUCUGGCCUGCGUCGAGCCGAAUGCAAACGCGCCAAUGGCCAGUACUCGUUGACCUGGAGUUUUCUGCAUGAAUUCUUCGGCUCCGGUAACAACGCACUAAUAUACUCCAUCUUUGGCGGAAAUGUCAAGGAUUUAAAAAUAUGGCUUGGUGAAGAGAGAUUCCCUGAUGGAUGGGAACCCAAGAAUCGAGAGACAUUGGGCCAUACUAUCAUACAAGCACAAAUCACCUCUCUUGCGAUCGAAUUCAAUGUCAAUGAGAAACAGAAACUUCGUGGAGAUCUUGCAAAAGGGAAAUAA